AUGGCCUCCAUCAUCAGACCGGCUCUGCUGAGGCAGACUGCCAUGGCCGCCGCCGCCGCCCGCCCGGCCAUGCGCAGCGCCUUCGUCAGGGACGCCGUCCGCGUCUCGGCCUUCCACGCCUCGAGCAGGAAGAACCUCUUGCCCCCGGGCCCUCAGGUCAUCCAAGGAACAGUCAACGACCCGGCCCCCGUGCCUCCCACCUCGCCCUCGCACGGCUCCUACCACUGGACCUUUGACCGCCUCAUCGCCGGCUCGCUCAUCCCCCUGGCCGUCGCCCCCUUCGCCGCCGGCUCGCUCAACCCCGUCAUGGACGCCACCCUGUGCUCCCUCCUCGUCAUCCACAGCCACACCGGCUUCCAGAACAUCCUCAUCGACUACGUCCCCACCGGCCGCUACCCCAAGGCCCGCAAGUCGCUCAUGUGGGCCCUGAACGGCGCCACCGUCCUGGUCGCCAUCGGCCUGUACGAGUUUGAGACCAACGAUGUCGGCGUGACCGAGGCCAUCAAGAGGGUCUGGAAGGCGUAA